AGCUGGGGCGGAGCCUGGCAUCCCCGCCCGCGUCCGGCCGCGCCCGUCCUCCCGGCUGCAGAGACAGCUGGCCACUGCCGCCGAGGCGAGCUUUCCCUGCGGCGCGCCCGCCCCAGCGGAGCGAGCCGCACUGCGCUCCAUCGCCCGGUGCGUCCCCAGCCUCCCACCCGGCGCGGGGGCGCCAGGCCCGCGCGUGCGCAGCGCGGAGGGGACGCGAGCCGGGACCCCAGGGCCGGCGCUUGCGCGAACUGUGCACUACAUGGUGGGCUGGCGUCGCGAUGAACCUCCCGCUGCUGCAGCCCCACUGAGGAGGAGGCCCGGGGACAAGAGGAACGCAGACAGCCCGCGCCCGGCUGGGCCAUGGCGUUCCUGGCUGGGCCGCGCCUGCUGGACUGGGCCAGCUCGCCGCCGCACCUGCAGUUCAACAAGUUCGUGCUGACCGGCUACCGGCCAGCCAGCAGCGGCUCGGGCUGCCUGCGUAGUCUCUUCUACCUGCACAACGAGCUGGGCAACAUCUACACACACGGGCUGGCCCUGCUGGGCUUCCUGGUGCUGUUGCCAAUGACCAUGCCCUGGGGUCAGUUGGGCAAGGAUGGCUGGCUGGGGGGCACACACUGUGUGGCCUGCCUGGCACCACCCGCAGGCUCUGUGCUUUACCACCUCUUCAUGUGCCACCAAGGGGGCAGUCCUGUGUACACCCGGCUCCUUGCCCUGGAUAUGUGUGGAGUCUGCCUUGUCAACACCCUUGGGGCCCUGCCCAUCAUCCACUGCACCCUGGCCUGCAGGCCCUGGCUUCGCCCAGCUGCCCUGGUGGGCUACACCAUGCUGUCGGGUGUGGCUGGUUGGAGGGCCCUCACCGCCCCCUCCACCAGUGCUCGGCUCCGUGCUUUUGGUUGGCAGGCUGGUGCCCGCCUCCUGGUGUUUGGGGCCCGGGGAGUAGGACUGGGCUCUGGGGCCCCAGGCUCCCUGCCCUGCUACCUGCGCAUGGAUGCGCUGGCACUGCUUGGGGGGCUAGUGAACGUGGCCCGUCUGCCAGAGCGCUGGGGACCAGGCCGCUUCGACUACUGGGGCAACUCACACCAGAUCAUGCACCUGCUCAGUGUGGGCUCCAUCCUGCAGCUGCAUGCUGGCGUCGUGCCUGACCUGCUCUGGGCUGCCCACCACGCCUGCCCACCAGACUGAGCCACCUGCUGUGCUGGCCUGCCCACAGUCUUCUAGGGCCAACACCACCAGGCUUCCUUCCUGUUGGUCUGCAAGGAGCUGGCUCCCUGGAUGCUUCCCAGCUGGGAGCCCUUGCCUGUACACCCAUUCUUCCCUUGGGACAAACCUCUCCUACCCACACCUCGGAGCUCCAGCAUCCCUCCUUGCCUUUUUCCAGGGCAAUCUUCCUGUGCAGGCUGAAAGGAAAGCACUCCUUCUCAGAGCCUCAGUUUGCCCUCUGUGACCUGUGAAGGUUGGGCCAGAGGGGCUCUGGGGUCAAGUCUUGCUGACAGUUGGAAUCCUGCCAGCCCAAAGCCAUCACCCCACCAGGCCCCUCUUCACACCUUCAUGCAAGGUACUUUGUGGGUGCCUGACCCAGCCACCAGCCUACGAUUCCUGACUUGUCUUUGGGCCCUGCAUGCCAGCCCUCCCAGCAGCCUGAGGCUCGCCCACCCCUUCUCCCUUCUGUCCAGACUGUGGAGUGAGGGGUUUGGGCAGCAGGACUAACCCAUAUCCCAGGACCAAGGGGCAGGAGUGCUGCUGCUGCUUUCUCCAGGCAACUGACAGAGAUAUAAAGAGCUGAGUAGCCCUGGACCCAGGCCCCAUUGGGCUGGGGGCCCAUUCUCCACCAUGAGUGCCAUGCUCUGACAACUCCACCUGCCCUUUGGGGAUGUAUCUGCUCAGGAAAUCUCUGCUCCACCCAGUGUGGGGUUCCCAGCUCGUCGGCUGGCCUGGGGCCCUAGGCGGCGUCAAUAAAAGGGGCAAGAAGCA